AUGGUCAUCUUCUUCACCUCGAAGGCUGUCAGUCCGCCAGCUACCAUAUAUAUGGGCAGAGAUAAAGUCGAAAAUGAAGAAUUGUUGAAAUAUGGUUUGCCAACAGAUAUAUGGUUUCAUGUAGAUAAGCUAUCAUCCGCACAUGUGUAUCUACGACAGACUCCCGAGCAAUCGCAUGGAGAAUGGGACAAACUUCCUCCUGCAUUGGUGAUGGAUCUGGCUCAGCUAGUGAAAGCGAAUAGUAUAGAAGGAAAUAAGAAAGAUAACAUAACUGUAAUAUAUACACCGUUCACAAAUUUGAAAAAAUCAGGUGAUAUGGCUGUCGGUCAGGUAUCAUUCCAUUCCGAUAAGAAGGUAAAACGAGUGCAUGUACCCUCACGAGAUAACGCCGUUGUCAACCGACUGAACAAAACGAAGAUAGAGAAAGAAGUGGAUCACGAAGCAGAGCGACAGGAUAGAUUACGGGAAGAAGGGAAGAAGAAGAAAGCGGACGCCUUAGAUAGGGCAAAGAAGGAACAAGAGCAGAAAAAGAUAUGGGAAGAAGAAAAGAAGGCUCGUUCGUACGAUGGGAUGUUCACUGAAGAAGCCUUUGCGGAGAAGGAACAGUGGAGCGAUGACGAUUUCAUGUAG